AAGCAAUCCAUCUCACUUUGAAACUUGCAAUUAGCUCUUGUGGAAAAUCUGAGGAAGUCGACUACAGCUCUGUCUGGGUGAUUUACGGCAUCAUGGGAGACCAUAUUCACGAAAAUGAUAGUGGUAGCCCACUCAGUGGUGAACAUCAUAAUGUAGGCAGGGGCAGCAUGGAGAGAAUUGAUCAGUCGCCUCGUUGCUAGUCUGAUCGAGACGAGGCCAUUCUUAUCUUUGCCUUGAAGGAUUUGGUGGCACAUGGAUGGAAAUCGGAUAAUGGUUUCCGAGCAGGCUACUUAAUGCGAAUUGAGGAAUGUCUGAAACGUGAAUUUCCUACCACUGAUAUUAAAGCGGAACCGCAGAUUAAGUCGAAAAUCACAGCAUGGAAGAAGAACUAUUACUCUCUCUCAACUAUCCUAGCUCGUAGUGGGGUGGGAUUCAACGCACAUAAUGACUUUAAGAUCGACUGUGAUGAUGAACAAUGGGCUCAAAUCGUUCAGAAGGAUGGCAAUGCGAAGUUCAUGCGGAACAAAGCUUGCCCACAUUGGGACAGCUGGUAUGAGGUUUUCGGCAAGGAGCGCGCAGGUGGUGGAAAGGCAUUCGAUUCUGCUGAGAUUGUGAACAAAUUGCCCUCUGUGCAAUGCAAUGAACCAGAGAAUUUCACUGAAUUCGUUGGGGCUAAUUACCCGAUGAGCUUUGAGGAGCUCUUUCCUGAUGAAGUUCUCCCAAAAGGUAUGAAUCAUGACGUUGAUUCAGGAAGCAAUACCAAUGUCUCCAAUGUUCCCAAUGUCCCCAAUGUUCCUAAUGUCCCAAAUGUGCCUGUUGUCCCCAAUGUUCCCAACACUUCCAAAGAAGCAAGUAGGAAACGCAAAGGAAUCGACCCGGUGGAUAAAUUGAUUGACUUGAUAAAGCAAAUGCAUGAAGACACUAAUGAACAUCUGAAGACAUUGUCAACGCGUAUUGGUUAUGAGUUUGAUCUCAGCACCAAGCGGGCUGAGAUUUUCAAUCAACUUGGUGUUGUGUCGGGUCUCACUUUGAAGCAUAAGUUCUAUGUUGGUCAGAAGCUGGUUAAGGAACCUGAGUUGAUGGAUCUCUUCCGGGGGCUUCUUGAGAUCGCACGCCUAGAGUAUGUGAUGUUCCUCUUGGAGGAGGAAUGACUCAUCUGAUUCUCAAGAAGUUGGUUUAGACUAUUUUGUGCAGGCAAGCCUUUUGUGUAAUAUAUGUGGCAGAUAUUUCUUAACACAUUACAUGCAUAUUUGUUGUGGAUCUUAUAUGCAAUGCUCACUUGAAGCUCUUGCAUUUAGAUCAAUGCAUGGUUUAUGUGUUCUGGUACUAGCUUUUGGAAUUGUAGUGACAAUGGGUUUUUGUAAUUGAACUUUUAGUUACAUAAUUUUGUAGCAAUAUUGGUGCU